CAAAGAGCAAAAGAGAAGCGACCUGGAGCUCCGGAGGAAAUACCUGGACCUUCUCGACCUCCUAACGGCUUCUUGCAGGAGACAGGAGCUGUGGAUGGGAACCUGAGCGCCUGAGCUCCUCUCCUCCAUCAGGUGGAGAAGUUCCGGAGGAGCUCGGCUCAGAUGCGUGUGGAUGUAAACCGCUGCGGUCACAGCUCCACGCCGGGUUCCACCUCCCUCAGCUGAAACCCGACCCGCUGCUCCCGAGGGGGGGUGGGGGGCACCCCGAGCUGACCAGGAGCCGCGGGAGACACCAUGGCACGAUACUGAUGUGAUGGGCUGUUGAUGGAGAGGAUUUCGAAUGUCAGCCGGGACAGUGGUCAUCGCAGGAGGAAUUCUGGCUACAGUCAUCUUACUGACCAUCGUGGCUGUACUGUGUCUAUGUAGGUUACAGUAUUACUGCUGUAAGAGGGAGGAGUCUGAGAAGGGGGAGGAGGAGGAACCGGAACUCUCCAGCAUGUCGCCGUGCCGCCCCCUGGCUCUGACAGCUCCUCCUACCCCCCCGACGCCGGAGCACUACAGCGACGAGCACGAGACCUACCCCCCCACAUUCCUCACCGAGCCCAAUGGGCCGGUCGGCUACUCCCCGACCCCCCCGCCGCGCAGGUGCCAGCGCUCGCACGCCUUCUGCCCGUCCUGCGCCCGCUGCUCGCUGCCCUUCUACCUGCAGCACCCGGAGAGGCUGUGCGGCGGGGGGGGGCGGGGGGUCAGCUACAGGACUGUGCAGCAGCAGGACCUGGACCUGCCCGUGGAUCUGGCCAGUUUCUACCAGAAGCUGAACCUCAUCCGCUCCGUCACCAUGAGGGAGGUGGUCACCCACAGCGUCAGCACCGACGUGUAGAGCAGCGCCCCCUGCUGGCCUGCGGACAAACGAACUUCGUCAGUUGCACCGUGCUGUGGCUGCAGCACCGACACUGACCUGAGGGCUUUCACGUGGCAGCCAUGUUGGAGGUCCACACCUCUGAUACGAACCCGAACACAAAAUGUUUCUGACAAACUUGAACGGAUAGAUUUUUGUCAGUUUUGAGCAU